GUAUGGAUCAACCAGGGUGACAUAAUUCUGGUGGGUCUGCGUGACUACCAGGACGCGAAGGCCGAUGUGAUCCUGAAGUACAACCCGGAUGAGGCACGCAAUCUGAAGUCGUACGGAGAGCUGCCAGAGUCGGCCAAAAUCAAUGAUACCGUCACUUUCAAUGACGAGGAGGACGACGACGUCGACAUCGAGUUCGGCGAGGUUUCCGACGACGAGGAGAUCAAUGUAUGUUGA